CAAACGCGAUGGAAAAAUCGUAAAUAAAUGGAAAAUCGCUCAACAUUGUAGCAAUGUUGAAUACGAACUAAGGCAGCUAAGCUAAACAGUAUUAGUGAUCAUUUAUAGAGCCAUGCCAUCAAUUAACUUAGGCAUAAACUAAUAAAUAAGUUAGGUCGCGAGUGUAGAUCAAACAAAUGUCAAAAUAUUUUACCAAUGCAAGCCCUAAUAAUUCCAACAGCAGCCAGGUUGGAGCUUCGUCCGCCCACGCGCCUCGAUUGACUGAAAACAAGGAGCAGUUCUUUAAACACCAACAGCAGAACAGCGAAACUAAACGAAAGCAACAAAACAAGGUAUAUAUUUAUCGCGAGGCAUUGCUACUCAUAUUCAUAAUGCGUCUGAAUCUAAAAGUUGUACUCAUCGCUUUAAUUGUCGCCGUGGUGAUAACCCUAGGAGCUUAUAUGCGCUCGCCCGACUACUCGCACGAUCUCGUACGUCAUCUGGACCGAAGGCUCUUUCGCACAGGUAGCAGCGAGUCGCAGCCCACUGGUGCCCAUCCACUGUAUGCAGCACCCUUGCAGGACAUUGAGUGCAAUAUAAAUCGGGAGUACAGCAUACAUUGCAAACGCGAUGAAGAGGCAAACGAAGUCUACGUUCCAUUCUCCUUUCUCCGGAACUACUUCGAUGUGAGUGGUGCGGUCACCACCAGCGGUACCGAAGACAAUAAAGUGCCUACAUUUAAUUGGAUGCAUAGUAAUUCCAAAGUGAAUUAUCCAAAGGGCAAAUAUGAUCCACACGGAGUCUUUACCUACUUCGAGAACUACAACGUAGAGGUGCGCGAUAGGGUCAAAUGUAUCAGUGCAGUAGAAGGUGUGCCUGUGAGUACGCAGUGGGAGAAGCGCGGCUACUUCUAUCCCACGCAAAUUGCCCAAUUCGCGUUGGCACACUAUAGCAAGAAUCUAACAGAGCCGGAACCACGUGUCCAUAUACUCGAGGAUGCAGAUGGCAACCAAAUGGAGUGGACAACGCCUAAGAACAGCAACAUGACACGCAUCUGGCAUCAUAAGUUUAACACAAAUGUCGUACAAUAUGAGACUGCGAUUGGCUAUGAGAGCGCAAUUAGUAUUAAUGUCAAUCAAACCAUAGAUUUGGUGCUUUGUGUGGAUUUGCUGCUCGUAACCAACAGCAGCAGCCUGAUGGUCACCGUGCAGAAUCGAGAUACUAGACAUAUUUACAAUUUACACUAUAUACCUGCCGAUCUGUUGCUCAGUGUCCAGGACUCAAAUAUCUAUUAUGGGUUGGGCAGUGCGGCACUCAACAGAUGGCGGCACAUUACACGUGACCUGCAUAUUGACCUGCAAAAAGGCAUCGUUAUGGGCGACAAGCAUUCACCGCUGAAGAUGCGACGGAGUGAUUUGGAGGUGCUGGCCAUUGCUUUCCUCGGCAUUGGGUUCUAUGACAAUGUAACGCUGUCGACAAGCGAUCAUUUGGCGCAUUUCUACGAUGCCGCUGAAUGGUUUGUAAACAAUCAGGAUGCAAAGACAGGCGGCUGGCUAAAUCCUGUUCGGCGCAAUCUCAACGGGUUUGCGGAGCUCCGUCCUGGCUGGAUUUCGGCAAUGGGACAAGGACAUGCGAUAUCUGUGCUGGCACGAGCCUAUUGGCAUUCGGGCGGGGAUGCGCGAUACUUAAAGGCAGCAGUGCUCGGCCUAAAACCAUACCAUGUAUUUUCGCACAAGGAGGGCGGCGUAUUGGCCCAAUUCAUGGAUAAAUACUAUUGGUACGAGGAAUAUCCCACAACGCCUCCCUCCCUAGUCCUUAAUGGUUUCAUUUACUCGCUGCUGGGACUCUACGAUCUCAACUCCACGGCGCCAAGCAGCAUAGCACGGGAUGCUGGUAAACUCUUCACCCAGGGCAUGUAUUCCCUAAAGAAAAUGCUGCCUCUUUAUGAUACGGGUUCGGGAAGCAUUUACGAUCUUCGUCAUCUUAGCCUGAGCGGCGUGAGUGUGGCGCCCAACUUGGCACGCUGGGAUUACCAUGCCACGCACGUGAAUCAGUUGCUGCUGCUGGCCACCAUUGAUAGAGAUCCAUUGAUAGCACAAACAGCCGAGCGGUGGAAAGGCUACAUGUUUGGCAAACGGGCCAAGCACAACUGAGAACGGAGAAAGCAGGCGCAACGACGCCCGCUUUUACCCAAACGUGAUAUUUUUUGAAACUUGUGCGUCGUGCUGCCCCCCUAUAUCCCAUUUUAAAUGGCUUUAAUUUGUUGCGUCUUUAUUGCAAUUGGAAUUCUUGUCACUGUUAGCAACGAAUUUAAGUUUCAAGUUUAUUUUUAAGUUUCGUUCUACUGUGUGUUCUUAACUCGUCCAAUUUUGACAAAUUUAUUUUUGUGCUUAAUCCUUAUAGUAUUCGAUAUAUGUAUAUGUAUAUUUAAGCGCUUAACGUCCUGCAUACCUUCAUAAACAUCAUAAUCAGCUGUUGCAUAGGGUAUUUGUUAAACAUUAUUAUUUAUUAUUGAUGUAGUUGUACUGGAAAAAAAAACGAAUGUAGUUGCACGCGUAUUUUAACGGACAAUAUCGUGACGUGAGACACGCGCAAAACUCAAAGCUCUAAUAUGCUAGAUUUUUGUUCUACUGUUGUAGUUUUUACUGAGCAAACAAAAACACACCCUGUAUAAAGUAAUGUAGAGAGCUUAGCAUUAUAAAACACUUACGAGUAUAUACGUAUAGAUCUAAACACUUGUACUUCUUUCUAUAGACAUGAUGCCACAAGUUAACUGUAGUAUUGGUUUGUUAGACUUUCAAAAAAUUUCAAAUAGAAAAACACGAGAUUAACUUUAAAGUUAAGAUGGUAGUUUGCAUAUCGGGACUUAAACAAAAUACCCUAAAGUUACAAUAAUUGUCAAAAUGUGUUAACGCAAAUAAUGAUAAUAACAGCAACUAAUAUUUACAUAUAUAAAUGUAUAUAUAUGUAAUCAAAUUGAUUGUUGUAGGCCACUUUAAGAUUUCUCAACUUAAACGAUGCCAUUCCAUUUUAAUUUUAACAACCUACCUAAAAAUACCGGAACUGUCAAUUAGGCAAAAUUUUGAAAGCGGUUCACUAAAACAUUUUCACACAUUUUCUCCAUUGGAAGCAAAUUACAAACAAACCCCAAACGAGACUGUUGAAUAACUCUUAACUAACGAUUGAUUUUAAAAUUGAUUUUAAGCGAACGAAAUCGAAGUACUUACUUAUCUUGUGUGUUAUUAACUAUAAAUACAUAACAGAUACAUUUAAAGCGAAAA